GCCUCUUCCGAAUGGAGUGCGUCGUGUGCGUAAAGUCCAAUUUGCCGUUGGUGCCAACUUUUUUGUACCGUUUUCUAUUUUACCAUAUAAAUCAUCUAUUAGAGGCAGAUUGCUACUAAAGUCGAGUAAAUGCAGCCAUGACGCGAGAGGAAGAUAUCAUCCGGAUUGCAAAAAAGCUGGACAAGAUGGUGUCUAGAAAUAACACGGACGGAGCUCUGGACUUGUUGAAGGAACUCAAAAGUUUCAACAUGACUCUUAAACUUCUCCAGGAAACCAGGAUUGGCAUGUCUGUGAAUGGCAUCAGGAAGCACUGCACAGAUGAGGAAGUCAUAGCUCUGGCUAAAUUCCUUAUCAAAGACUGGAAAAGACUUCUGGAAUCCGGGAACAAUGGGAAAUCAUCUGACCACAAGAACGGUCUGCAGUCAGAGAAGGCAGAGUCUCCUCCGCUCAGCUCUCCCAGUCAGAGCCACAGCAGUCCCAAAAGGUUGGAUUUAAAUCAAGACUCAGACACAGACCGAAAACCCUCUGAUACAACCAGGAAGGAUAAACUUGACGAGCACAAACCAAAAAAGAUUCACUCAUUUGAAAAGCCCAUAGCAUCGCCUUUGAACGAGUCUCACCCAGCUCCAACCGUACAAGAGAAGCAACAUGAAGAAGUGAAAAUACGAAGAGAACACCAUCAGCAGGAGACAGACAGCAAAAGACCAAAACAUUCACUGGAGCCACAAGGUGAAAAACUGCGUCCAGAUGAAAAGAGAGAGAGGCGUUUAGAAGAGCACAGAGUUAUGAAAAAAGAGGAAGAGAAACGAGACAGACAUCAUGAAGUGUCAAAGAAGCACAGCUCUUUAGAUGAUAUGAGAAAGAAUCGAGACGAGUACGGUCAUGGCAGGGAGAGACCGGCUGAAAUCCACAAACCACUUUUCGAAAGAAAAAGUGUCCUGGACAGCAGUAUUUUGUAUCCCUCUCGUUAUCCGUCCCCUCCUCGACCAGCCCGACCUCCACUUCCUGCAAAACAAAUCAAUCAACCCCCUCAGGAGGCCAAGAAAGACAGGAAAGACAGUAAAGAGUCGCAUAAACAUUCACAUUCACAUUCAGAAGUGUCUAAACCCAUGUCCCCUGUGCUCAAACGGCCUUCACUGGAAAUUAAAAGGAACUGUCCUCCAGACCCAAAUGCUCCUAUAGCCCCCCUCCCACUCCACCUUCACCCACCUCCUGCAAGGAAAGACAGUAAAGACAGUAAACAUACACAUUCAGAAGUGUCCAAACCCACGUCCCCUGUGCUCAAACGGCCUUCACUGGAAGUUAAGAGGAACUGUCCUCCAGAUCCAAAUGCUCCUAUAGCUCCUCUCCCACUCCACCUCCACCCUCCUCCUGCAAGAAAAGAGCCUCCUGAUCCGAACCUGCACACGCCUCCUCCCUCUAAACGCCCCUCUGUGGAUGGGAAGAAGGAGAGAAAGGACUCAUCAGAGGCUAAGGGAUCACCACAAAAGAAGAUGUCUGUCGAGGUUAAAAAAGAAAGGAAAGAGUCGACUGACAGCAAAGCAUCUAAAAAGCACUCAGGGGAGGCCAAGAGAGAAAGGGUUGAUUCAAAUGACUCUCUCAAAAAGCCCAGUGAGGAUGCAAAGAAAGAGAUACAAGGGAGAGAGUCAAGUGAUUCGAAACCAGGUCAUCCCCAAAAGCGCCCAUCCAGUGAUUCUAAGUCUGACAGGCGAGGGUCGACUGAUUCAAAGAGGAGCAGCCCACCUCCAGCAAAGAAACUCAGUAGUGAAAGGAGAGAGUCACUUGGAUCCAAAACUUUUGCUCAGUCUGGACCCCCACACAGGAAGCCCUCCACUGACAGUAAUGACAGCAGAAAAAGCAAAGGUGAUGCCCCUAAAACCCCCACGACGCCCACCAGCCCCCUGUCCCCUGGUUUUGGGACGUCCGGUGGUCCUCUGUCCCCUCACCUGUCCACUGGGGACUCAGUCAGAGACAAGUGCAUUGAGAUGAUCGCGGCUGCCCUGCGCACAGAUAAUGACUACAAGGAAUUUGGAGUCAACUGUGACAGCAUGGCAGUAGAGAUUGAAGAUCAUAUUUACCAGGAGAUAAAGGCCACUGAUAUGAAAUAUAAAAACAGGGUGCGGAGUCGAAUCAGCAAUUUGAAGGACCCUAAAAACCCAGGACUUCGCAAAAAUGUCCUGGCAGGAAACAUUGAUUUAAGUCGGAUUGCCUCCAUGACUGCAGAGGAAAUGGCCAGUGAUGAGUUGAAACAGUUGAGGAAUGUCCUGACCCAAGAGGCGAUCCGGGAGCACCAGAUGGCCAAAACGGGUGGCACCACUACGGACCUCCUGCAGUGUGGCAAGUGCAAGAAGAAGAACUGCACCUACAACCAGGUGCAAACACGCAGUGCAGAUGAGCCCAUGACCACAUUUGUCUUAUGUAACGAGUGUGGAAACCGCUGGAAGUUCUGUUGAUGUUGAGCACCAAGAGACCUUAUGGACCUUAAUGUUUUCAUGAUGCAAGAGGAGAAUUAUUGCAGCUAGAGUGAUUUAAGUGAAAAAAGUAUUCUCCCAGUUUUUACUUGAAAUCUAAAGCUUUGUGUGCAUGCUAUUUCAAUCAGAUUUAUUAACUAAAGACAGCAUGAAUUUUAGUUGGAUUUCACAAUUUAUAUUGACGACACUAAUAAUGAAUUCAGUUCUGUUGCAGCUGUGUCUUUUGUACAUAUUUAAUAUUAAUAAAAAGCAUAUGUGAUCA